CAGAGGCAUCACAGUGCGCAGCGUGUCUCUCCACCACAGACUGCAUGCUCUCCACUACAUCAUGGACCAGGAUUGAUGCGGUUAUGUAUUUUAGUCGCAGCAUCUCUUGCUUCCAGUUUUCCUACCGCUGGUCUGCUCUCUGAAAUCGCAGGUUAUGCCACCCCAAAGGCUUCCUGGAUCCCCAACCGUGAAAAAGAAGGGCUGAUCCCUGUCCUCCCCCAGUUUCCUGCUGUUUUGCACCCCAUCUUCCCCUUCACCUUUCACCUGCAUAUUCCCUUCUCCCAACCGCAUUAACCCCACCAGACUCCUACACUGGUCCUGUCGCCCUUUACCUCUUGAAUCGUUUGUGUAGUCGUAUCUUUCCCCAAGUAAUCCUUACCAUUAGCACUCGAUACCAUCGCAACAAUCUUUUAUUUUAGCCCCCUGCCCUCAAAAUAGAGCUAUUCUUCUCCAACUGGCUGCACGCCUGGCCCCAUGGCUACAGGAGGUCAUGUGCAAGAGAUAGAUGUGUUGAUCAACCUACAACAGGUGAAGGUGGAGGUGGAAGAUGAUGAAGGAUCAGUGGAGGAAGAGGAGGAGGAGAACUGGGAGAAAGCUCUGUCUGUGGAGCGCUUUGCAGACAUCCUCAGUGACUCUGCUUCCACCAGCGGAGACAGGAUGGGCCGGAACUACACCGAGAAAGACUUUGAAUAUCACAGACACACAUUUCCCCAUACGCACCACCCCUUAUCCACCCACCUACCCCUGGCCCAGCGUUUACGCAAGAGGGUGCACAGCAUGGAAAGACGGCACAAAAAGAAACGGAAAAAAAGAAGGACCUCUCUCCCCCCCUCCGAAGAAACGCCCACCAUCCAAGAGGUAGAUGAGGAAGAGGCCGAUUCUGAGACGGACAGACAGGCAGGGUCCGCCUCCAAAGAGAGACCGGAUAUCCAACCACAGUUUAGUUUGGGGAGACAAGAUGACUUGGAGGAACCCCAUCCGCCCAAUACCUUCCACACAGAAAAUGAAGAACAUCCAUUAUCAAGGAAAGCUGCCCCUGCUGUGAUUAAGGGGGAGGUUCAUAAUGGAGGAAUUACUGUUCUUGAACAGAAGGAGGAGGUGCAUGGAGAGGAAGGAGCUCGCAACAGUAUACCCCCUCAAGUUCAACCAACAAAUCGUGCCUGGUUCCGUAGGAGGCCCGUCCACCAUCGGCUGGCUGGCGCCCAGCGGAGCAACUAUGACCUGCGGGAGCGGAUCUGCAUCGGCAGCAUGACCGCUCUGGAAACCGCCGUCUACCAGCAGGUGCCCACUGACGAGGCCGAGGCCCAGAUGUUGGCCAGCGCCGACCUGGAUGACAUGAAAAGUCACAGAUUUGAGGACAACCCCGGGGUGAGGCGCCACCUGGUGAAGAAGUCCUCACGAUGUCUGGUGACACGAAACAGCAGCGGCUCCAUGCCGCUGAGCAGCCUGAAGAAGAAGAGAGCAGCAGAUAAGAAAACACAUGAGCUGUUUGUGGAGCUGAACGAGCUGAUCGUGAAGGACCAUGAAAUGCGUUGGAAGGAGCGCGCCCGCUGGAUCAAGUUUGAGGAGGAUGUGGAGGAGGAGACGGACCGCUGGGGCAAACCUCACGUGGCCUCGCUGUCCUUCCGCAGCUUGCUGGAGCUCCGCCGCACCAUCACACACGGGGCCAUCCUGCUGGACCUGGAGCAGAACACUCUGCCCGGCAUCGCCCACCUGGUGGUGGAGACCAUGAUCAUCUCCGAUCAGAUCAGAGCUGAGGACAGAUCCAGUGUCCUCCGGGCUCUGCUCCUCAAACACAGCCAUCCAAGUGACAUGAAACAUCGUUUCCACCGCCACCAGUCGACCAGCAGUCUCCAUGGCGGCUUCAAUCACAACCACGACACCAGUCUGCCGCUGGUGGCCGAAGAGCCGGAGGAGCACCAGGAUAACAAAGGGCCGGUAUACGACCCAAAGCAGGACGUGUUUGUCAGCCUCUUUAAAUCUCUCCACCCUCUGCCUCCCGAGUCCCAUCCAGCUGCAGCCAGAUCCAUGAAGCUCCUCGCCAAGAUUCCCAAAGAUGCCGAAGCUGUCAUUGUUUUAGUUGGCAACGCUGAGUUCCUGGAGCAGCCGGCCAUGGCCUUCGUGCGGCUGAACGAGGCGGUCCUCCUGGAGUCCGUGCUGGAGGUCCCUGUCCCUGUGCGCUUCCUCUUCGUCCUGCUGGGCCCCAGUCAGGCCAACGUGGACUAUCAUGAGAUCGGACGCUCCUUCUCAACCCUCAUGUCAGAUAAGAGCUUCCAUGAGGUGGCCUAUUUUGCUGACGACAGACAGGACCUCCUGAACGGUAUCAACGAGUUCUUGGACUGCAGCAUUGUAAUCCCCCCCUCAGACGUGGAGGGCAAAGACCUCCUGAAGACGGUGGCUGACUUCCAGAAGCAGAUGCUGCGCAAGAGGAAGGAGAGGGAACUCAAGAGGCACCACUCCUUCGCUGGAAUGGAGCCCAACAACAAAGAGGUGAGUCCAGAGGAGGAGGAGGAGGGGGACCAUGUGGACCCGUUGAAGCGCUCUGGGAUCCCGUUUGGAGGCCUGAUCCACGACAUCCGCCGGCGAUACCCUCACUACGUCAGCGACCUGAAGGACUCCGUGGACAUGCAGUGCCUCGCCGCCAUCAUCUUCAUCUACUUUGCUGCACUGUCGCCCACCAUCACCUUUGGAGGCCUGCUGGGGAAAAAAACAGACGGCCCCCUGAUGGGAGUGACUGAGCUUAUUGUGUCAACUGCAACUCUGGGAGUUAUAUUCUCACUGCUUGCUGGUCAGCCCCUCCUCAUCAUAGGGUUCUCUGGUCCGUUACUGGUGUUUGAAGAAGCCUACUACAAGUUCUGUCAGGCCCACAACUUUGAGUAUCUGGACGGGUCGUGUGUGGAUUGUUUCUGGCUAAUCUUCAUCGUCCUGGUGAUGGUAGCAGCGGAGGGAAGCUUCCUUGUUCGCUUCAUCUCACCCUUUACCCAGGAGAUCUUUGCUUUCCUCAUCUCUCUCAUCUUCAUCUAUGAGACCUUCUCUAAGCUCUUCAAGGUAACAACGCCAGAUGGGGAACAUCCACUGAUGGCUACAUCAAGUGACCCAAACUCAGCUGAAGAAGUUCAUGACCACCUCCUCAACCAGCCCAACACGGCUCUCCUGUCUUUUGUCCUCAUGAUUGGCACUUUCUUCGUGGCGUUCUUCCUCAGGAAGCUCCGAAACAGUCGUUUAGGUGGCAAGGCUAGAAGAAUCAUUGGUGACUUUGGCAUCCCCAUCUCAAUUUUAGUUUCAGUGCUGGUGGAUUACUCCAUUACCGACACUUACACACAGAAAACUCAAUGUGCCGUCGGGCUUCUCGUCACCUCCCCUGACAAGAGAGGCUGGCUCAUCAGCCCCUUUGGUGACAAGCAGCCCUUUCCUGCCUGGAUGAUGGGAGCCUCUAUUGUUCCUGCCAUCCUUGUCUUCAUCCUCAUUUUCAUGGAAACUCAGAUCACAUCAUUGAUAGUCAGUAAGAAGGAGCGUCACCUGGUUAAAGGUUCUGGGUUCCACUUGGAUCUCCUGCUCAUCGUUACUCUGGGAGCCUUCUGUCCUCUCUUCGGCCUGCCGUGGCUCACCGCUGCCACCGUGCGCUCCGUCACUCACGUCAACGCCCUCACCGUCAUGAGCAAAGCCACGGCGCCUGGCGAGAAGCCCAUGAUCCAGGAGGUGAAGGAACAGAGGCUGACCGGCCUCGCUGUGGCUGUGCUCGUUGGUUUGUCCAUAGUGAUGACUGACGUGCUGCGCCUCAUCCCUCUGGCGGUGCUCUUUGGUAUCUUCCUGUACAUGGGGGUAACCUCUCUGACAGGCAUCCAGCUGUACGAACGCAUCACGCUUAUGGUCACGCCCGCCAAGCAUCAUCCCGACCACAUCUAUAUUACCUCGGUGAAGACGUGGCGUAACAUGUUCACCCUCAUCCAGCUGGGGUGCAUCGUGGCUCUGUGGGUAGUGAAGUCCACGGAGGCCUCGCUGGCGUUCCCCUUCGUCCUCAUCAUGACGGUGCCGCUGCGCCGCCUCAUCCUCUCCCGGAUCUUCGAGGAACGAGAGCUCCAGGCGCUGGAUUGCGACGAAGAUUCUCCCAACUUUGACGAAGAUGGACGAGAUGAGUACGACGAGAUCCACAUGCUUGUGUAAAUUUAAAUUGGACCCAGCCAGUAGGAAUUCCUCCGCCCUCAAGCUCCGGCCAAUCGGAGCCUCUUCGGAAACCUCAGUGUCUCUGGGUAGCGGGGACAAAGAAGCUAUAGCUGGAUAAUGACUUCUUCUUACCUUUGUUUAUUCCAGUUUUGUAAAAGGGCACACCUGAUGUUAGAUCUCUGUGGUGGGGGUGGUGUGUUAAACAUCAUGAGGUCAGAAAAAAAACCCUACUUGAAGUGCAAAUCUAGCAAAAGACUUUACGGA